UGCUCCUCGCCGCCCGCACGCCAGGCUCUGCGUUGUCGCCGAGCGAUCAUUAUCCUCCCGUCACAGCCCUUCCUGCUGCUAUGGAGGAGAGGUCGAUUACCGAGUACCUCAGUUCCUAUUCGAAUGUGAACAGCCCCGAGAGCCCGGACGACGGGGUUCAGCACCGCAAUGGUCACCAAGGAGAGCGCACCAUCGACCCGGAGGACGUGGAAGCGGAGGUUUUCGACUGGGUGCUCACCCACCUCGAGCCCAGACAAUGGCCCUUGAGUCUGAGCACUGUCUUGGCAAAGACUGUGGCACACCAGAUGAACACAUCCCUGAAGCUCAAGGCUGGGGGCUACACAGAUGAAGAUUUGGCUGUUGGCAGACUUCGAGCAGCUGCAUUGGAGGCACUGGCUGAGCAAUGUGCCAUCUGGAGAGAACAACCUGAACUGGCUCAAGAACUGCCCCACACACCUGCAGCGUCCCUUCCCGUGUCGGCGCAUGGUGUACGCAACAACAGGCGCAAGAUGGAGGAUCGCCACCUGGCUCUCCCAGACCUCAACUUUGCACUAGGACUACAGGGCCUUCCACAGUGCAGUUACUACGCAGUUUUUGACGGUCAUGCUGGUGUGGAGGCAGCUGACUAUGCUACUGCGCACCUUCACCGCAACAUAGCUGCACAGCCAGACUUUGUGACCAACCCAGUGAAUGCUGUACGAGAAGGCUUCCUCCUGACAGACCGAAACUUCCUACAGCGAUCUUCGAAAGAGGGCCUCAAGAGUGGCUGCACGGCUGUCUGCUGCCUUGUGCGUGAACAGCGACAACUUGUUGUAGGCUGGCUGGGUGACUCUCAAGCCAUCCUAGUCAGGAAAGGCAUCCCCAUGUCCUUGGUCAACCCUCACAAGCCUGAGAGAGAGGACGAAAGAAAGAGAAUAGAAGAACUGGGAGGAAUGGUCUUGCUGAUGGGCAUCUGGAGGGUAAACGGCACACUUGGCGUUUCAAGAGCAAUCGGAGACGCCGAGCAUAAACCCUAUGUGACCAGCGAACCAGAUGUGAUCAGCAUGGACCUUGAUGGCACAGAAGACUUCCUCGUCUUGGGUUGUGAUGGGCUCUGGGACCAACUGAGCCCUCAGGAGGUGGCUGCAAGGGUGUACCACGCAGUUCUCGAUGACCCUGAGAGUGCACCCUACGUGUCCCACACGCUUGUGCAGGGAGCCAGAGACCUUGGCUCAUCUGACAACAUCACAGCAGUGGUUGUCUUUCUGCGUGAUCCUCGCGACUUUGACGCUUCAGUUAUCGACGUUGCGAGCUUGGUCCCAGAGAAAACUGCUGCGAGCGAGCUUCCUACACCACCCAUUGAAGAUGCAAAAGAGGCCUUCAAUGCAAGUGAAUUUGAUGCUACCAAGUUUAACAGCAAUGGCUACGGAGCCCACCUGUUUGAUGCUGAAGCUGUGAAUUCCCAUGCCUAUGAGCAUGCCAACGAAAGUGAAAUUCUUCAGGUGGCGUCUGAUGUGGUGCAAGGGACAAUUGAAACUGCACUGCACAGGGUCAACGAAGAUGUCAUUACUGCUGGCCAAAUUGUCGAUCAAGUGCACCUUCUCCACACUGAAGAGAGUGGAAAGUUCCCAGAUUUGCCAGAACAAUUUCAUGGUGCUGUCCCUGCUGAUGGUGGUCUUGAGGACAAGUUUGAUCAGCCUGAUGGCAUCUCGCAUGCUGCUAAUGGAUACGGCGACAACAUACCAGUGCACCCCGCUGUGCACCACAACCGAUUUGAUGACGAGGGCUAUGGGCACGACCUUGAGACAACCGAUUGCCUUCAGAGCUCAGCAGUUGCAGCAGCUCUCGAAGAAAGUGGCACUGAAAGUGCUGAACAGUUUUCUUCCUUUGUUGAAGGAGCUAAUGAGGCUAGCAACAGCCAACUCGAACUGGCUCAUGAACAGACUUUCUGUACAGCGUCAAAUAUGACACCGCAGUAUCAGUUCGAUGCUGGCUCAACAGGCCAUGAACUUGAGGCCAGGCAGCCUUCACCAAUUGGCCCUUGUGCGUUGCCUGAAGAUCCACAGCCCGUUGCUGCAGAACUACCCGGAGCUCCUUUGGAGCCUGAGAUGUUGAGAGAGGCUGAGCUUCCAGAUGAAGGAGUGGAUUUGAGCACUCUUCCUGAGGAUGCCCAGGAGCUGGAGGCAGCGAAAGAGCAACCUGUGUCAUCGGUCGUUCAAGACGAAUGCCUUAGUGCAUUGCCAGAAGACCAACAGGAUUUCAAGCCCGCACAGUCUGGUGAUAUGUCUUGUGUUGUAUUGCCAGGUGCCACUGAGCAAAUGGCUGCAGUGGCUGAUCCCAUCCUCGCAAUGCAAGAUGCAACUACAUUGGAUGUUGAACAUCCAGAUUACAUCCACGGGGAAAUGCUACACCCUGACAGCAUCCACGGAGAAAUGCUACACCCAGACAGCAUCCACGGAGAAAUGCUACACCCAGACAGCAUCCACGGAGAAAUGCUACACCCAGACAGCAUCCACGGAGAAAUGCUACACCCAGACAGCAUCCACGGAGAAAUGCUACACCCAGACAGCAUCCACGGAGAAAUGCAACAGCUUGAUCACAUCCAAGGGGAAACGCAGUCAAUGCAGCCAUUAGAGUCGCAGCAUGCCUCCGCUGAAUGCAUAAAGAAUGGCGCUGACACUGAAGUAGCGGCCAGUGGCCUUGGUUUUAAUCAGCCUCUUAGCAUCCAGUCGGACGACCUUGUGUCCAUUGACCUUAACAGCUCAGCCAUGCAGUCACUUGCCGAGACAAGUGCGCCUCCUCACACAGUAGAUAAUGCAUUUGUUUCUGGGACUGUUCCAGAGCCUCAUGAGGAUAUGAGCAUUGGAUAUUGUGCUGAAAGUGAUGCCCGCCAUGAUCAACCUGUUGGUGAAAAAUUGGAGAGCCUGGGUACAGAUGAUGCUGAUGACACCUCUUUGGGUGGGUCUGCAGAGUCAAUUGUUGAGAAAGUGGCUGCAGAACCUGUGCAGCAGGAGAGUGCGGUUCUCUUUUGUGAGCUCAAAGAUACUCCCCCUGCAGAGAGCAUUCUCGACCAACAGGUUGCUGAUGGUGAACAAAAAGUUGACAAUCUCGGCUACAACAUUCCUGUUGAGCAGCAAGUACCAGCACAAGUGUCUGAUGUUGGGCCCCAAAUUGAAAGUUCAGUACUUGGUGGCCAAGUUACUGAGCCUUUUGCUGAAGAUUCUUUUACUGUUCCUACAACUACUGAAAGCCCACACAUCUUUGAACAAAUGCCUGAAGAAACCUCCUUGCUAUCUGUGGACACUCGCCUGCAAGUUCAGCAACCUGCAGCCACUGCCAUAUCUCCAAUCAGUGAUGUUGAAAAGCCUUGUGAACAGCCAGACGAGCAGAGUGUGAGUCUCCAGCCGCAGAGUCCCGUGAUUGAGACUCUUUUGGAGGAGAACUCGGCUACUCUUCAGGAGGUGCAGUCUAUGAGCAAGCAAGCAAAAGCUGCAGUUGACGAAACACCUGCUCCUGUUGUUGAUAUUGGUGCUAUUCCAGAGAACAUUCCGGAGGCAGAUGGAGUCACGGAAGACUCAGACUCUGAGAAGGACAGUGGGUGGCAAUUUGUAAAACCUGUGGAGCCAGCCAUUUCACCGUCGGGGCUGUUGUCAAAAGAGGCUUGUGACACUUUGAGCCAAAGUUCUUGCACUGUUGCGGAGACCAUUCAUGGAGAACAGAAGGAAGCAGCGUUUUCUGAACAAAUUGCAAGCCCUGCUGGAGACAGUUCCAUUGAGCCAAAGGCAGAUGCCGUGUCUGAUGUGAAGCAAGACUCAUUACCCGAAACAAAAGUUGAAGUUGCAGCCAAGCACACACAGGACGUAUUGCCUGAACAGAAGGCUAGCACACCAAAAGUUGCUGCCACAGCAAAGUCCUCUCCAGCUGCACAGAAAACAAAACCAACUGCUAAAGCAUCACCUGCUCCCAAGCCAAGGACUUCUUCCACUGACAAGCCUGCAACAAAGUCUCUCGCUACAAAGACUGAAACAGCUGCUAAGACUACGCCAGCAGCAAAGUCUCCAAUGAAAAAACCUGUUGCUGGCAAACCUGUGACAACAACUUCGACACCAAAACAGAGCAGCUCAGCAAACACUGCAGCAAAGAAAGAAACAAGCCUGACCCACAGAUCUGAGCCCACCAAGCCCAAAUUGUCUACACUUUCUACUGAUAUGCCAUCCAAGAAACCAGUAGCCGCAUCUUCUAGACCUGCUACUGGAACUACGAGGCCCACCUCUGCAGCCUCAAAGCCCGUAGAAAAGAGCACAGCUCCAGUGACAAAGGCAAAACCAACAGCUGCAUCAGCCACAGCACCUCGUACAAGAACAUCCGUCGGAUCUGCAAUGUCUGCUGGCAAGACAGAAGUUGGCACAACUGAAAAAAAGCCUGCACCUAAGCCGGCACCAACUAGGGCUCCCAUUUCCAGGACUGCACCUAGAACUACGCAGCCUGCCAGCAGCAGCAGCUCUGCACCUAGAGUUGGACCAGGUGCACCAGCAAGUCGCCCGGCUGCGGCAGCAACUUCAAGGCCAGCAACGUCAAGGGUUGGCAGCACCUCCACCGCUGCCAAGAAGACUGACACCAGCCCUGCAGCUGCGAAGAUGUCUGCUGCGAGGGUUCCAGCCACACGAGAGGCAAAGCUCAACAAAGAGAGCACCAACCAGCAGCUGGCUGGUGCAAGACGAACAGAAACAACUCGGAGAACUGCUGCUGGCAGGACAGCUGCCACAUCAAAAAUGUCUGCAGCGGCUGCAGCAAAAGCAACAGCAACGAGUAAGUAUUCGGCUGUUAGAGCCGUUCCCAAGGGUGGCGCUGCGGCUGCUGCUGCUAAGGCCGCUGCUGCUGCUACUGAUGCUGAAACCCAGAGCAAAGAAGAGUCGGCUGCCAACUGCAAUGGGACGCCAGAAGAGAAGGGCACCCUGGAAGAGAAGGACAACAAGGAAGCCUGUGCACCCGGCAGUGGGCCAGUCAACCUAAGCAAUGGCAGCCAUCUGGAAUGUGACAAGAUUGCUAAAGCAGAUGUCGUUGCAGACAUGCCCGAUGCCCCUGCUGUGGAUGUGUAGUUUCACUAUCUCGACUCUCUACUAGUCAUUCUGCUCUGUCCUGUGCUUUUUUUUUUUUAAUCUUGAGAUGCGCAACAGUAUUUUUGACAGCUCCUUUUACAACGAAAAACGCGCAGGGACAAAAAAAAUGCAUGCAUGCUACAGAAUUAUAGGUACAAGGUCACUCUCAGUACGGGAAGUCUUUGGUACUUGCGCACCUCUUUUUACGCAUCUUUUCAUUUACACAUUUGAUCGGGUGCAGGUAUUGACUGGUGCUUGUGCCAGGAUUUUUUUUCUCCCCUGCCUAUUUUACCUAGCGUAGUUGUAUGCAUAUGCUGUCAUGCCCUGUUCUGAAGUUUGUAGUUUUACUCUUUCUCUCUCGAUGGGAGAGAAGGUUUGCGCCCAGAUGCGAGUGAAUACCAAAGACUGCUUGGAUGCCUUGCAAGCUUCGCUUUUCUUCUACUUUCGCAAGCCCCUCGCAGCAACUACGAAGUUGCAAAGGCAUUCAGGAAGCAGCAAGACAGACUCGCUUCUCGGGCCGGUGUUAUUUAUUUUUGCAUCAAGUGUCCUUAAUGAAAGAAACGAGGGGCUUGCCUUGUUUUAUGCUUGCGUGCUUGAUGACUCGAGGACUUGGUUGAAAUGCGAUGUGUUGAGCGAAAGGAGUAAGAGGAGACAUUUUGAUGCAUUUACCCGGCCGCGGUGCUUCCCCACUGGCUUGUGGGUUUGUUUGAUCUGCAGGUGAACCUGAAUAUAACGAAAACGCUUCCGGCUUGAAAGUAUAGCUUUAACGUAUAUGUAUAUGUACAAGAUAUAUUGGUGAAAAAUGUUUCCAGUGAUUUACCAAAUUUAAAGCAUUGCAUGUGCAAAACAUCUAUAACUACAUAUUUUGAGCAAUGUAAAAGCAAAAAUGUUGCUCGCUAUAAUCUGAUACUUGUCCCAUCCUGCAUUUUUGGUUGCUAUACCAGCCAAAUUUGAUUCACUUAUGCCAGAUUUCGUUAUAUGAAGGUGCGGCUACUGUGAAAGCAAUGUUGCUUUCUUUUUGUUCUAAACGCUUCUCUUCCAGUUGCGAUUCAGCCUUCAGUCUUCUACCCGGCACUUGCUGCAGACGCGUUAGUCCUCUACACAGCUCUACAAUUCUUUUUAGUGAUGUGUUCAGCUUGCAUGUUUUCUAUGCAACAUUUAUAAAUAAGGUGCACUGAAGUGUUCCGACCCAAUAAACUCUUUGAUAGCACUUUUUAAUGUGGGGAGUGUCCCUUGCCUUCAACUAGGGCAAUUUCAUGUUGUCUACGACUUAUCUAUUUAAAGUAUGUAUUGCAUCACCUUCUUUUAGGGACCUCUUUCUUUUCUUCUGCAAUACCUUUUACACAUACUUUGCUGAAAUAAAAAAACAUUUCAUGAAUA